GCGGACACCGUUGUUUUCUCCAUGUGGUCAACUUGCAAUCCCUUCGGUCAUAAAACAGCAGCCAGCGUCGCGUUCCCGGUUCUGUUGAAUGCAAUGUCAUCUCCGAAGUUGACUCGGUUCAAUGCCGUCCCCUUGAAGUGGAAGUGAUCAGCCUUGCGGUCCCUGCAUCUGCGCAGCCAAUGGGAGCUCGCGGGCAUCGGCGGUAGCUUUUCGAGAAGCGGUUUCGAGCUCCGUCAUCAUCAACCUACACCAUCCACAACUAUGGCGCUUCGUGUUCCGGCCUUGCGGUGCGCAUUUCGCCAGCCAUUGUCAAAUCCGAGAUUCUGUCAGCGCCGCUGGGCUCAGGUGCAAGAUGUUCGUUUUCUCGCGACUCAUGGCACAGAAGAGAGGAUCCUGUCCAAGUACAAGGACAAGCUCGCCUCCAGGGCGAAGCAGGAGGGCGUGAAGGAUAUCAACGAGUUGAAAGAAAAACACAAGGAGAAGAUAGAGGAGCUGAGGAGGGCAGCUGUUGUCCCGGGCGCAACAGGUCCCUUGACACCACCGCCCUCGCCGUCGUCUGCAGCCAGCUCGUCGCCUUCUGCAUCACCUGCGGCGUCAUCGCCGUGGCCAUCGCCACCUCCUCCACCGAAACCACGAGAUCCUAGUGCGCCACCGCCAGGCGUCAAGACGCUCGACUCCUUCCUCGAUGUGUCCAAAAUCAGCUCCCUCCCUAACAAGGAGAUCGAAACUCUCUGGAGACUGCGCCACGCUUCGAAUCCGCAGAGCAUACACUUCUCUGUUCCUGCCAACACUUGGGCUUCUUUGCUCGUGACCGCGAAGCAACAUCCCGCAUUCGUGCUGCCGGUGCCACGAGAGAUCCCCGUUGAGCAACAAGAGGGCGAGCAAGCCACAGGUCAAACCCAACAAGCUGCAGAGCUACACUAUCUCCAGUUCGCUCAUCCGCACAAAGAUACAACGACCCUACUGUUCACAUCUCUCGCCGAAUUCAAGCUACGGGGCGAAUUCGCCAGCCCGCACACGACGAUAACAUUCCACCAAGAGCUCGCGACCAGCCACAAUAUGGUCCUUGGCCAGGGACUGGUGAUUGAGAAUAGGGGUGUUAGCGUAGACGAGGCGAGAUGGUUGGUCAUGUGCAUGCAAAAGUUCUACGUGCAGAGCGAGGAAGAAAAGGUCAGAGGGGUACUGCUGAAGCAAUUUACAAGUGGAGAUGCAAGUUUCAACGUUACGGCGCUGAUCGACGAGGCCGAGAAGGCAUUGUAGACAACAACGGCACAUCUAGUGCGAUUUGUGCGAUAUGUACGAUAGGCGUUAUGCAUACAGAGAGCAGAACAUGCUUGCCUACGACUGAGUUGCACCAUGCAUGGUUUGCAGUCACGACCAGAGAUAGGGACUGAAUCUCCUACUAGGGGCCAGCCCCAGGGAUUCACAAGUAGCAUUACUCCUCCAAGAUACAAACGAUGUAAGCCUUGUGUCAAGGGUAGUUUCAAACGUGAGAAACACACUUGCUCCUUGCCACGAACCGUGAAGGCCAACACCCACGUCGCAAUGUCACAUGCGCGCACAACAUACCACGUUAGUCUCCCCAAGGUUGUCAAAAUCAAGUCGUAGACUCGAA